UGAAAGUAGAAAGGAAGGAAGGCAGGAAGGCAGCAACUAACUAGGUAUUGACACCCAAAUCACAUUUGUGGCGCGCGUCGUCUUCUUCCUCUCACACCACACCACAUCCCUCUCUAACUCUCUUCAUUUUCUUCUUCUUCUAUAACAAUAAUAAUGGACUCUCACAACUCUUGAAACCCCUUCUCAUUCUCACCCAUGAUCCCUUCUCUCCCUCAUCACCAUGGUUAUCCACUCUCCCACGCAACCCCCUUCCCCCACCGCCCCCACCACUGCCCAUGGAGGCCUUGUCGUCGGAAACUACUGCCAUGACGUCCUCAUCCGCGACCACCACGUAACUGCCCACGCCCUCGGCGGCGCCCCCUCCUUCAUCAUCCCCGUCCUCCACUCCCUUUCCCUCCCCUUCCUCCUCCUCUCCAAGGUCGGCUCCGACUUCUCCUAUUCCUCCGCCACCACCACCACCACCCUCCACCCCCCAAUCGUCGUCUCAACCUCCCAAACUACCGUCUUCCACGCUCACUUCCUCUCCGCUACCCCCGACACCACCUCCCUUCCCCCCUCCGGCCACCCCGACCGAAUCCUCAAACGUGUCGGAUCAUGCGAUCCCAUAACCCCCUCCGACCUCCCCUCCAAUUCCCUCUUCCUCUUCGGCUUGGCUGUCGGCGUCGCCGGCGAGAUCCUCCCUGAGACGCUCCAAACAAUGCUCGACCUAUGCGACGUCGUUUUCGUCGACGCGCAGGCCAUAAUCCGAACAUUCGACCCCGAAGAUGGAACGGUGAGCCUCGUGAAUUUGAAUGAAACGGGAUUCUUCCACCUUCUCCCUCGGAUCGCGUUCUUGAAGUGUUCGGCAGAAGAGGCGAUUUUCGUCGAUAUUGAGGAGGCGAGGAAGUGGUGCUGCGUGGUGGUCACGUGCGGAAGGCAUGGGUGUGAGGUGUUCUGGAAGGACGGGGAGUUGAAAGUGCCGCCUUUUGCGGCGGAUCAGGUUGAUCCGACGGGGGCAGGGGACAGUUUCUUGGGCGGGUUCGCGGCGGGGAUCGUGAUGGGUUUGGGUGUUUGGGAUGCGGCGUUGUUGGGGAAUUUCUUUGGUUCCUUGGCUGUGGCCCAGGUUGGUCCCCCAAAGCUUGAUGCCAAGUUGUUUCAGGUAGUUAAGGAUGAGAUGCAGAAAAGGAAGAUACAAGACUUCCCCUGCUUAGAAAGAAGAGGUGAUUGGUUGGGGUUUCGGGAAUCACCUGAUCAAGAUCAAUUCUAUGAAUCUCUUGCUGCUACUAAAACCGUAGUUAUGUCCCAGAUUCAAGAACCAGAUUGGAAUUUAGUGAGCUCUCCAAAGGAGUCGGCGGAGCAGAAUAACUCAAAGGCAAAACUGCCACUGAAUUACGUUCGAGAGGAACCGAUUCCAAGUUGCGAUGGCAAACCUUGAUCUCAUUGAUGUUGGAGCUCAAAAUGUCACAUUCAAUUUUCCUGCACUCUUUCAUUUUAAGGAACGCUGCAUUUUGUACACCAAA